AUGUCAAAUAUACCAUCUAUUAAAUUUUUAACAUAUACGAGAAUUUUCUUUUGGUAUACUGUCGCCGUUACAAGUUUAUUGACACGUACACAUUUCAUCAUUCAAACUUGGUCGAAUGCUUUUAUUAUUAUAGUAAUUUUUAAUACAAUUUAUUCGGUUGCAAAUCUUUCUAUUUAUAAUCAUCGUGGAUAUUAUCGAAAGCUAAAAUAUUUUCUAAUUAUUUUCUUACCGUUGCUAACAUGUGCUACAAUUAUUAUCUAUGUUCUCUACAUGCAUAAUUUAUAUUAUCGUAUAAUGAAUCUAUUAAUAAUAAACAUAAUGAAUAACGAUCGAACUGAAAGUUUAUUAUCAGAUACAUUAAAUUAUUAUAGAUGUUGUCGAGUUCAAGAAGAUAUUUUGUUUGAUUCAGUUAAUGAAAGAGAUUAUUUUAUUAUAUUUCCGGCAUGUCAAAAAGUAAUUGAAGAAAAUGAAAUGAACAAAGAUCAAUGGAAUACUAUUAGAUCAUGUGCACCAAUUUUUCGAUCUGUUAUAUUUUCUAUUCAAAUUUUAUUAAUAUUAGAUUUAAUAUUAGCACUUCUUAUUAUGAUUGCAAGUCUAAUUCAUAUAUGGGAAGAAAUCGGCCAAUGGAUCAACGAGAAUGACUAUAGAUUAACAACUAUUGAUAAUAUUAAUUAUAAGAUGAAAUGA